AUGGCUUCUUCAAGCUCUGGAAACUCAAUUCCUGCAUCAGAGGCUGUUCAGGUUUUGGUCUCUUCUCUGGCAGAUGAAUCCCCUAUUGUUCGGCAGUCCUCCAUGGCUUCUCUCAAGGACAUCGCCACCUUGAAUCCGCUUCUGGUUCUUGAUUGUUGCUAUGCGGUUUCUCGAGGCGGACGCCGACGAUUUGGGAACUUGGCUGGGGUUUUUCAAGUGAUGGCAUUGGGAGUUAGUGCAUUAAAUGAAGGGGAUGUUGAUCCUUCUUUCAUGGCAAAGCUUGCAAAGAUUGCCACGGCAGAAAUGAUAUCGUCUAAGGAACUCAAUGCAGACUGGCAAAGGGCUGCAUCAGGCCUACUGGUUUCAAUUGGCUCACAUUUGCCUGACCUUAUGAUAGAAGAAAUUUUUCUUCAUUUGUCAGGGUCGAGUUCAGCUUUGCCAGUUAUGGUUCAAAUACUUGCAGACUUUGCUUCUGCUAAUGCACUGAAGAACUGGUAUUGCUCAGAAACAGAAGCGGAUACCACAGCACUAAAAACUGUUCGUAUGUCCUCUGUGGAAGCAUUGGGCCAGAUGGUUGGUCUUAUAACCCGGACACAACUAAAGGCAGCUUUACCCAGGCUUGUCCCUACUAUACUGGAAUUGUAUAAAAAAGAUCAAGAUAUUGCCCUUCUUGCAACAUGUAGUCUUCACAAUCUCUUAAAUGCCUUGUUACUGUCAGAAACUGGUCCACCGUUGCUUGAUUUUGAGGACCUCACAGUUAUUCUAUCAACACUUCUUCCGGUUGUUUGCAUUAAUAAUGAUAUCAAAGAGAAUUCAGAUUUUUCAGUGGGACUGAAGACCUAUAAUGAAGUUCAACGUUGUUUUCUAAUAGUUGGCUUGGUAUACCCAGAUGAUCUGUUUACAUUCCUCUUAAAUAAAUGCCGGUUGAGGGAAGAGUCUUUGACUUUUGGUGCUCUGUGUGUUUUAAAGCAUCUCUUGCCGAGGUCGUCUGAAGCUUGGCAUAGUAAAAGGCCUUUGCUUGUUGAAGCUGUAAAAUCCUUGCUAGAUGAGCAAAAUUUAGGUGUCAAGAAGGCUUUGUCAGAGUUGAUUGUAGUAAUGGCCUCACACUGCUAUUUAGUUGGUCCGUCUGCGGAGUUAUUCAUUGAAUACCUCGUUCGUCAUUGUGCUCUAUUAGAUCACAAUAGAAAUGAUCCUGAGAACUCUAAGGUGAAGAUAGGAGCCUUUUGUCCUAUCCAGUUAAGAGCUGUAUGUGAGAAAGGUCUUCUUCUGCUAACUAUUACAAUUCCUGAAAUGGAGCAUAUUCUAUGGCCUUUUCUGUUGAAGAUGAUUAUUCCACGGGUUUACACCGGCGCUGCUGCAACCGUAGUCCUGACUUAUAUUAAGAUGGUUUGCAGAUGCAUCUCAGAAUUAUGUAGAAACAGAUCUUCUAAUAGUAAUAGCAUGCUUAGUGAGUGCAAAGCUCGUGCUGAUGUCCCAAGUCCAGAGGAGCUUUUUGCUCGCUUGUUGGUGCUUUUGCAUGAUCCACUGGCAAGGGAGCAGCUGGCAACUCAGAUUUUGACAGUCCUUUGUUAUUUGGCACCUCUCUUCCCGAAGAAUAUCAACAUGUUUUGGCAAGAUGAGAUUCCUAAAAUGAAGGCUUAUGUCGGUGACACGGAAGACCUAAAGCUGGAUCCUUCAUACCAAGAAACUUGGGAUGACAUGAUAAUCAAUUUUCUUGCAGAAUCUUUGGAUGUGAUUCAAGACACUGAUUGGGUGAUCUCUCUCGGAAAUGCUUUCACAUACCAAUAUGAGCUCUAUACAACGGAUGAUGAACAUUCUGCUCUUCUCCACAGGUGCCUUGGUAUGCUUCUACAGAAAGUUGAUGACAGGGCUUAUGUUCGAAAUAAAAUUGAUUGGAUGUAUAAACAAGCUAGCAUUGCUAUUCCAGCCAAUAGGCUUGGUUUGGCAAAAGCCAUGGGAUUGGUUGCAGCUUCUCACUUGGACACUGUGUUGGAAAAACUGAAAGAGAUUCUGGAUAAUUUUGGGCAGAGUAUUUUUCAAAGGUUGUUGUCUCUUUUCUCUGAUAGUUAUAGAACGGAAGAGUCGGAUGAUAUACAUGCUGCCUUGGCUUUGAUGUAUGGUUAUGCUGCACGAUAUGCUCCAUCAACAGUUAUUGAAGCCAGAAUAGAUGCCCUUGUUGUAUGCUUCUUUUCAUUUAUCUAUCCAAACUCGAGGCAUAACUCCCAUAUCCUUAAUCCCUUGAGGCUUGACCUUGACGCUGCAAUUGAUUUUGGUUAUGCUACACUGUCCAGAGGGACUAAUAUGCUUUCACGGCUUCUUCAUGUACGCCACCCUACUGCAAAGCAGGCUGUAAUAACUGCUAUUGAUUUACUAGGCCAUGCUGUGAUUAAUGCUGCAGAAAGUGGUGCAUCAUUCCCUUUAAAAAAAAGAGACCAAUUGCUUGACUAUAUUUUAACUCUGAUGGGGAGAGAUGACGAUGGUUUUGUUGAUUCCAGUCUUGAGCUUCUGCGUACCCAGGCCCUGGCUUUAAGUGCCUGUACUACCUUGGUCUCUGUGGAGCCAAAGCUGGCAAUAGAAACAAGAAAUUAUAUUAUGAAGGCAACCUUGGGGUUCUUUGCUUUGCCUAAUGAGCCUGUGGAUGUUGUCAAUCCUCUCAUAGACAACCUUAUCACUCUCUUAUGUGCAAUUCUUCUUACAAGCGGAGAGGAUGGAAGAAGCCGAUCAGAGCAGCUAUUGCACAUUUUGAGACAUAUUGAUCAAUAUGUUUCUUCCCCUAUGGAGCAUCAAAGAAGAAGAGGUUGUGUUGCAGUUUAUGAGAUGCUUCUCAAGUUUCGAAUGCUUUGCAUCAGUGGAUAUUGUGCCAUAGGUUGCCAUGGAAGUUGCACUCACAGCAAACAAAUUGAUCGUACUCUUCAUGGCACUGCAUUUGUGUUGCCAAGUCGUGAAGCCCUCUGUUUGGGUGAGAGGGUCAUUAAGUAUCUUCCACGUUGUGCAGACACUAAUUCUGAAGUUAGAAAAGUUUCUGCACAGAUUCUUGAUCAACUGUUCAGCCUCUCUCUUUCACUUCCAAAGCCUGCAGGUUUUAGUCUAAGUGUGGAUAUAGAAUUGUCCUACAAUGCCUUGUCCUCUCUUGAGGAUGUUAUAGCUAUUUUGAGAAGUGAUGCUUCCAUUGAUCCAUCAGAAGUUUUUAACAGAAUCGUGUCCUCUAUCUGUCUUUUAUUGACGAAGGAUGAGCUUGUAGCCACCCUGCAAGGCUGCCCAGCAGCUAUAUGCGAUAAGAUCAAGCCGUCAGCUGAAGGGGCUAUACAAGCUGUUAUAGAGUUUGUUACAAAAAGGGGGAGAGAGUUAAGUGAAACUGAUGUUUCAAGGACAGCCCAAUCACUGCUCUCUGCUGUGGUUCAUGUCGCUGAGAAGCAUUUGCGUUUGGAAACUCUCGGAACUAUUGCUGCUCUAGCUGAAAGUACGAGUUCAACUAUUGUUUUUGAUGAAGUAUUGGCCACAGCUGGAAGGGAUGUAGUCACAAAGGAUAUAUCUAGACUACGAGGUGGCUGGCCAAUGCAGGAUGCAUUCUAUGCCUUUUCUCAGCACACAGUUCUUUCUUUUCGAUUCCUGGAGCAUCUGAUCUCAUGCCUGAACCAGACUCCUGUAGUUAAGGGUGAUUUGGAGAAGGGAGACAACUCUAGCCAUUUACAUGAUGGUCAGAUAGAGGAUGACAUUCUGCAAGCUGCUAUGAUUGCUCUCACUGCCUUUUUCAGAGGUGGUGGUAAAGUUGGAAAGAAAGCAGUAGAGCAAAGCUACGCCUCUGUCGUUGCUGCACUCACACUCCAAUUGGGAAGUUGUCACGGUCUGGCUAAUUCUGGUCAGCAUGAGCCACUGCGAGCUCUUCUAACAGCAUUUCAAGCCUUUUGUGAGUGUGUCGGAGACCUUGAAAUGGGAAAGAUUUUGGCUAGAGAUGGGGAGCAAAAUGAAAAGGAGAAGUGGAUCAAUCUUAUUGGAGAAUUAGCCUGCAGCAUAUCUAUAAAGAGGCCAAAAGAAGUCCAAGCUAUUUGUGUAAUUUUAACAAAAUCUUUAAACCAACAACAAAAAUUUCAAAGGGAAGCUGCAGCUGCGGCAUUGUCAGAGUUUGUCCGUUACAGGGAGGGGUUGAGGUUCGUUGAGGGAAUGAAGAAGACUGGGUUUGAGUUUGCGGCGACAGAGAGAGAGAGAUCAGGGUUUGUGGCUGCAGAGGGAGAGGUUGGAGUUCGUCAAGGGAUUGAAGAAGAUUGGGCUUGGGUUUUGCAUGGGGGGUUUAAUUCCCUGUUGGAGCAGAUGGUUGAAGCAUUGUGUCGGCAUGUUUCAGAUGAAUCUCCAACAGUUAGGCGUCUUUGUUUAAGAGGACUUGUACAGAUUCUUGAAUCAUCCCGUGAUGAUGCAGUAGAGCCCAUUCUGCCCAAUCUUUCUGUCCGGCUCCGCAAUCUUCAAAUAUCCAUGGAUGUGAAGAUGCGAGCCAAUGCCUUUGCAGCAUUUGGAGCCCUGAGUAAAUAUGGUGUUGGGGCACAACGUGAAAUAUUUCUUGAGCAGAUACAUGCUGCGAUUCCUCGCCUGGUUUUGCACCUUCAUGAUGACAAUCUUAGUGUGAGACAGGCUUGCCGAAACACACUGAAAAGGAUUGCCCCCUUGAUGGAGAUGGAAGAAUCAGCUGUUCUAUUCAACUCGAACUGUUUUACUUCUGAUCACCGAAGUGACUAUGAGGACUUUGUAAGAGAUCUUACAAAGCAGUUUGUUCAACAUCUUCCUUCCAGAGUUGAUACUUACAUGGCAUCAACCAUACAGGCUUUUGAUGCACCUUGGCCAAUAAUACAGGCUAACGCUAUAUACUUGGUCAGCUGCUUGGUAUCACUUUCCGAUGAUCAGCGCAUUUUAGCCCUUUACCAAACACAGGUGUUUGGUAUGUUGGUGGGGAAGAUGAGUCGAUCACCAGAUGCAAUUGUGCGAGCUACAUGCUUUUCAGCGCUGGGCCUAUUACUAAAAUCAACUAAUUCUCUGUCAUGGAGAACAGCUCGACUAGAUUUGAAGGGAUUCUGA